AUGAAACGCCACCGUGUACCUUCCAAUAAAGAGGGGGAGACCACUGGUGGGGGACCAGCAAGAAAGACAUUUAAAUCACAAAAUCAGCCAGGAACUUCCAGCAAAAAAAAGAGAACAGAUAAAGAAGGAAGAAAACAAGGUCAAAAACCAAAGCAGGUCAAUCAGACAGUCAAAAGGAAGGCUAAGGAACAUGGAGACCAUUCCCCUGUAGAAGAAAAAGGUUCUUCAAAAAAGGUGAGGCUAACCAGUGCUAAAAUAGGAUCCUGGCAGAUUCUCUCAGAGAGCAGCAGGCAGUUUCUGGAAACCAUAAUGGAUUCAGUAAUACUAUCUGUUCUGUGCCAACAAAGUGAAAGAAAACAUGAUGUUCAGAAGCACCUCAACUUACUGAAAAAAACGGUGCUGAAAGUUUUCAAGACAUUAAAAGUGCCUCCAGGGAAGCUGAGCAACCUGAAGAAUGUCUCAGGCCUUCACUUGGCAGAGAAACAAAUGCUUGAGACAAAUGAAGAGUCUUUGGUACAAUUGCAGGAUGAAAUAAAGGACACUGAGCGAUCAGCAGAACGCAUUGAAGAAACUGUACAGCAGCUGCAGUGCAAAAUCCAGGUGCUCAAGAAGGAGUUAGAGGAAAAUGAAAAAGAGGCCAGGAAGGUGUUCCAGGAGAAUGCCAGUGGAGCACUCUGCCUUCCAGAACUCCCCAAGAGAAGUUUACAAGCACCCACUUUCCAGGAAGAAAUUUUGAAGAUAAAAAAUCAGAAAGACCUUUUAAAAGAUCUGGAAACUAUCCAGCAGUCAGCUCACUUGAAGAACAUGUUAAGCCUCAUUGAAAAGACCUAUGAGAAGGUGGACUUCCUUUGA